CGUGACUAUGACAGACUUUCUAACCUAAAUAUCUCGUCUACUUUAAUGAUAAAUAUCUCGCUUCGCGGGACUAGGCACAACAUUUAACUGCCAGAUUCUUUCGUUUCACACAAAAACGCGUCGUAUGACCAUAAUUUCAUUAAAAUUGAAGAUAUAGAUUAAAGUUAAUGAUGAAAAAAAUAAGUAAGCAAGUAGACUCAUCAAGUUCCGAAGAUGAAAAAUUGGCAAAUAUUUUGAAGGAAGCAAUUGAUCAGCAAUUUUUAAACAAUAAUCUAUACAGCAUAGAAAAAGCCAAAACUAUUCCUCAGCCUGUUUUAAAAGAAGCAAAGACUAACAAAUUAGAAGGAAGUUAUUUCUUGAAAAUAAGCUCAAAACAAACAGAUGAAUUUACAAAUUUUGGUGUUACUGCCACGUUUCAAAGUUUUAUCGCCAAAAAACUAGAUGAAAUUUUGGAGCGAACCAUAGAGAUGGAAAGCAAUGAAAUUUCUAAUUAUUGUGCUGAACAGAAACAGAGAAAGGACAAAAGCUAUGGAAUAAAACUUCUAAGUACAUCGAAAAAUUUGUUAACUAUUGCAAAAAUCAAAGAGGAAUGUAUGGAGCAUAAAAAAAAAUCCAAAAGAAAUAGACGGACUGUAGAGGAUGACAAGAUCUCGUCAAAAUUUCGAGAAGCUGUCAUUGACCCAGAAUAUAUAUUAAACAAAUUAGAUUUGAAAGCUUGGGUUAAUAAACGUCCAGAAUCGGAAUUUAAGUAUAAAAGAUUAAAAAAUGGUACUUUAAUCGAAAUGUAG